AAGAGAGAGAGAGAGUGGGAGAGGAGCACGAAAAGAGAAAGAGGGGGAAUAAAGAGAAAAGCUACUUAAAGGUAUAUUUCAUUUAUUUCGUUGACUGGGAGAAAAAGAGUUUGUGGCGCAAAUACUGAAAGGAUAUUUUGGAACAUGCAUGCUGCACGCUAACAGAUUUCAGGAUGUUGACUUUACCGUUCGAAGAACAAGAUAUGAUGUGUGAGCCCAGGUUCGGUGCAAAUUAUCCUCGCGAAAGCUUACCUGUGAACCUCGACCGGGAGCCGACUCGACAACACUUUGAUGAAAUGUCCAAUUCGGAAACUAGAGACGAGGACGAGGAUAUUUCAGAUAGGGAGGAAGAAGAUAGAGAGGACGACCAGAAUGAAAACGACCUCCCAAAAAAGAGAGGGCCGCGUAAAAAGAAAACCAAAGUGAGGAAUGAAAGGGUCAAAGUUAGACGCCAGGAAGCUAAUGCGCGGGAGCGCAGCCGAAUGCACGGGCUCAAUGACGCACUGGAGAGCUUACGCAAGGUCGUGCCAUGUUACUCUAAAACUCAAAAAUUGUCCAAAAUAGAAACACUUCGACUGGCAAAGAAUUACAUCUGGGCCUUAUCAGAGACUCUGAGCGCAGGAAAAAAACCGGAUCUGCUCGCCUUUGUGCAAACCUUGUGCAAAGGAUUAUCGCAACCGACCACUAACUUGGUGGCUGGCUGUUUGCAACUGAACGCCAGAAAUUUCCUCACAGAUCCCAAUGGCGAUGUCAUGUUUUCUGCUAGGCCGUCUUACGAUACCAUAUACCCGUACCCGAGCUCUGAUGUAAACACACCUGCCGGCCACAGCAGCAGCACACUGGACAGCUCCAAGCCCUUUCGACACUACAACUACGGUGGUGCUUACGAGCCCUAUUACGAAAAUGCGUCCCCCGAGAGUGGGAGUCCACACUUCGAUGGUCAGUUAAGUCCUCCUAUGAACUUCAACGGGAUAUUUUCCCUCAAGCACGACGACACCACAGAGUAUGGGAAGAACAACCACUACGGCAUGCGGUACUGCGCGGUGCCUGGGCGGGGGUCCCUCGGGCAGAAUCCCAUGUACAGAGUGUCCCCGGAGGGUCGUUUCCCAUAUGACUUGCAUCUACGCAGCCAACCCUACCAAACACAGGGUGAAAUGAACGGGUCUUACCACAAUUAGUGGGACAUAAAGGAUGCAAUUCCCCUCUGAAGCGGGCCUAACGAAUUCGCUCCCCACAACAGAUUCAAGGAGAACCCUUAUGUCCGUUAUGUACGCUUCAGACAUUUUUUUACAAUUAAUUUGUUGUACCCAACCUUACUGAUCUGUACGUUCUUUGUUUUCUUUAUUGACCUCGAUACUGUACACUGUUUUUUACACGUAUGUUUAUUUUUUAUUUGUUAUCUUUAGUCUGUUUUAAUCAUUGGCCUAUCAGUUAGCCUAAACAAUUGAAUUUAAAUGGGAGUGUCAAAAUGAACACGUUACUUUGUAACUAUUUCAACUAAAGGCUACACAACUCAUCAGGGAAGUUCUUAUUUAUUUGUAACCAUUUUGAUUGCAGUGAAGACAUUGACUUCUUAGCAAUAACGUUAAAUUGAGCUAUGCAACUCAGCAAAAUGCAAUCUCUCAUUCCUUGACAUAUUAGCCUUCUUAAUUCGUUGCGCAGGUCAAGUAGUGACAUCAUUACAUUAUUAUGGUAAGCUGACAAACAUUGCAGGACAAGAUGACCUUUCCCGAAUAAAUGUUAUAUUGGUUUUAUCCGUGCCAUACGUUGACCCAUGCAGGUAAAAAAAAGGAAGUUGGCAGCAAAGUUUGUAAAGAUGUUAAAGUGUAAUAACAAGAAAGAAAAAAUGCAGAAAAAUGCAAUGUGAAACACUCAUGUAUAAAGUUUCAAGUUGAAUGUAAACGAAUUAUGUAUACGAAUUUAUGAACAGAUUGUUAUUGGUUCGUUUGAUCUUUAUCCGUGUGAAUAUUGUGUUAAUAAUGUAAUUCUUUCGGCUGCGUAAAAUUGAAAUUCCUAACUUUACGUGAAAUGUCAUGCAUUCUGAUUCUUGCCUAUUAUAUUGUAGGCCUAUUUCCAUUUAAUUCAAACAUGAGAAUCAUAAGAAUAUUUCUACUUAGGAUGAGGAACUGUCUGAUCCUCAUAUUGUCUAUUCGAAAAGUAUGGAGAAUCGAAGAGCCUUAAUUUUAUGAAUUGGCAAGGACAUCACCUGUUAUGCAAAGGCAUGAAUGUUUUCGUGGCUUGGCUGUGUACAGUAGCGGUUUGUUGUCCCAGUGUGAAAACUUGAAGACUUGUCAGUGGACAACUGUAAUGCACUAAACGUAUUUCUGCACAUUAUUAGUGAUUAUGUGAUUAAUAUGAUUUCAAAUGAUCUGUUUUGUAACGUCACAUAUGAUAAAUUAUUG